AUGACCGCCACAGCACCGCUUUAUGGGCCACUGCGGUCGUGCGCCUACGCGUUAGGCGUGUUCCCCUACACGGUAUCGCGGUCCACACCGCACAGAUUUCGCCUUCACUGGUUCGGCGCGGCGCUAAAGGCCGUGCACGUGAUACUGUUCUGGUCGGCCGCCGCAAUCGUUGUCGCGGAGUUGUACCGGAUGCGCUCGAGCGGCUCCGACAACCGGAACCGGCAGGCGCUCGACAAGAAGCUGGCCACCACGUCACCGGUGAAGGUCUACGAGCUGUACGUGUACAUGACGUUCACCACGUCCGCGACGGCCGCCCUGUGCCAAGUGCACAUGUCGCAGCCGUCCGUCGUGGCGCUGGUCGGCGAAUGUCUGCUCCGGCCGCGCGUCCACCAUGGAGGCGGCCGCGGCUGGCCACCGUUCAAGGCUUUCACCAUAGUCGUGUUCGUCGUCUACGAGUUAGUCAUUUACUACGUUCUGUCCACGUCGAGGUUCAAUCACCGGUACUUCGUAUGCCUGUUCUCGUUCCUGUCCAACAUCGAUUGCAUCGUGGUCGAACAGUUUUUCUACAUCACGUGCCUGACACUGUGCGUUCGGCUGAAACGGAUCCACGAGGACGUACAGGACCUGGUCCACAAGGCCGAGCACCCUCGGUGGAGGUGUUGGGCUAGCCCCGGGGCCGGAAGUCUGACUCACUUGGGCAUACCGGCUUUCGGCACAUCGGACAUCCGGCGACUGAGGUCCGCACACUUGAGGGCCACGGAGAAGUUUUCCCGCGUCAACCGAGCGUUUCAACUGCCACUGCUGCUGAACAUGAUCGACAGCGUGUGCCGUAUCGUGUUCUACACGUCUGAGGUGACGUACCACUUGACCUACGUCAUAUGGGACAAACGCGCAACGAUCACGUACUCGAGCACCGUCCUGUACUCGGGCUAUUGGGGUAUGCGAAUCGUCCGACUGUGGUACCUACACUCGUGCGAGUAUUAUAUCACGAAAAUGAUUAUACCUAUACGGAUUUCAUUGAGCUGGCUUACAUUAACAUUAAAUCCAGUCACUAGCAGGAGAUUAAUGCCCGAGGUAUUCACUUUUAAGUUUUUAACAAGAUAA